GCUGGUUUCUCCAGCCAGCCAACAAGUUUCUUGUGAGCCUGGGUCACCUCUCCUCCCCCGUCCUGUCUCGUCCCUUCUCCUCUCUAGCUAGCUCCCCUCCCUCCACCUCUCCCUUCCAUCCCCCGCCCCCGCCUAUCGCUCGCUCGAGUUCGUGCGGCGCAAGCAUCGGCGGGAUAGGAAAAGCCGCGGCGAAUGCGACAGGCGCGCACGCGUACAUCCUCCUCCGAUCCCCCGCGCCGCCGCUGCCCCGGCGCCGGCGGCGGCGACAGGGAAAUCAAGGGCCAACAGUGCGAACGAGCGUCUCUCUGCCAGUACCUACCUGUAGAGAUCGAUCAAGCCCUGCCAUAGCUCUCGCCAUCGGCCGGUCCCUGCGGCUGGCUUGGCUGGCUUCUCAUCGUCAGCGGUGGCUGCAUCCGUCGAUUGGUCGAUCGGUCGAUCACACCGACGCGUAGCUGGCCGGGGCUAAUUGCUAGCUACCAAGCUAUUUGAUAGCUCGGUUCACGCCCGUCCUCGCGCUCUAGCUACCCCGGCCCGCCCGGCCCUGUAGUACUAGACCAGUACCAGUAGCACCACCCUUGUUGCUUGCUCCCCUACACUUCUUCUUCUUCUUCUUCUUCUUCUUCUUCUUCCUUGCUCUACAUAUUUAAUUAAAUAAUCCCAGCACCAAGCUAUAUAUACUCCCUUCCUACCAGCCACCAGAGGUCACACAAGCGCCAGCUACAGCAAUAACAGCAUGGUAUAGAUCAUGUGUGUUGCAGCAGCAUGCCAAUAAUUCUUACUCCUCCUCAUUAGACCUCACCUCCUUCUACCUCCUCUUCUCCUCAUAUGCAUGUGCAGAUCAUAUAUAGCCAGCUGCAGAUAGGCAAGUAAGAUUGCUUGUGUCUCAACCGUAUAGGUUCAUACAGCAGAUCAGAUCACAGUGCAGAUAUAUAUAGACAAGUUAGCAGGAGAUCGAAAAGAUCUCUAGAUAGAUACAUAGCUAGGGAUCAUCCAUCGAAGUCGAAGCAGCAGGUAGCUAGCUAGGCCGCCAGCUGCAGGCAUGGGCCUGAGGGACAUCGAGCUGACUCUCCCGCCGGGGUUCCGGUUCUACCCCAGCGACGAGGAGCUGGUGUGCCACUACCUGCACAGCAAGGUGGCCAACGAGCGGAUCGCCGGCGCCGGCGGGGCCAUGGUGGAGGUGGAUCUGCACACCCACGAGCCCUGGGAGCUCCCCGACGUUGCGAAACUGAGCACGAACGAGUGGUACUUCUUCAGCUUCCGCGACCGCAAGUACGCGACGGGGCUGCGCACCAAUCGCGCCACCAAGUCCGGCUACUGGAAGGCCACAGGCAAGGACCGCGUCAUCCACAACCCCAAGGCCGCCGGCCGCGCCGUCGUCGGCAUGCGCAAGACCCUCGUCUUCUACUGCGGCCGCGCCCCCAACGGCAUCAAGACCAGCUGGGUCAUGCACGAGUUCCGCAUGGAGAAUCCCCACACACCACCCAAGGAGGACUGGGUCCUGUGCAGAGUUUUCUACAAGAAGAAGGCCGACACGAUGGAUUACGCCAUGGACAGCGACCAAGACGUCGCCAUGCCUCGCAGCGCUGAUCAUCCGAGCUACUCGCCUUCAUUCCCCGCCCUCGGCAGCGGCCACUACCAUCUGCCACCGCCGCCGCCUUCCGAUCAACACGCCGGGGCUGGGGCCGGCUCCCUCAACGACUUCCCCGCCGCCAUGGCGCUCCUGCAUCAUCAGCACAACAGCAUGUUCAGCUUCCCCGCCCAGCCUCACGACGGCGGCGACGUCGUCCUUGCUGCGCCGGCGGCGGUGGGGUCAAGAGACGGCACCGGCACCGGCGCCGGCGACCAAUGUGGCAGCGGGGUGCUGAUGGACCUAGCAGGACUCGACGAGCACUACAACUACAACUACAACAGCCUGAUGCAGAUGUGAUAUCGGUGCUGCAAGCUAAUAGCUGCUCCCUGCAGUGUGUGCUAAUGACCAGCUUUAUCUGAUUUUAUUCGUCCGUGAUCAAUCUUUGUGCAGAUUUGCUUGUGCAUCUAAUGCACUCGUAUACGUGUAGUUAAUCUCUACGGAUUUAGGAGUGUUGCUCGUUGCGUUUGGGUUGAUGCAUGACUCUAGGCUGUGGUGAAGUUCUGUGAUUCAUGUACAUAUUUGUGGAUCGGUUUAUUAUGUUGUUAGCCGGGGAGCUUAAGUUUGGAACCUUUUUGUUGGUAUAUUAUCUGUAAUUAUACAAUUUUAGCAUCAUAUAUAUAUAUAUACACUUGAGUUGUUUCAAA